AUGCCUGUCGCACUAAACUGCCUCAGCGAAGAAGGCCGGAGGGCCCUGGAACAAGAAGGGGGCCCAGAACCAGUGCUGCAUAAAGCCAGCGACAUAGAAUUCGUUUACAAUAAGCUAAACCUUGGGGAAGGCAAAUUAUACAUAAUGGAAAAAAAGAUCAGGAAAAAAAAAAAAUUAACAAAAUUUACAGAAAUCGCCAAUAGUGCUAGUUACUUGAAGCACUACGAGAAAAACCGUAACUUCUACAUGCACCUCCUCAAUGACGUGAACAACGUCAUCGUCGACUCGUCAAACAUCGCCUUGCAUGCAAUCACAUCGGAUAAAAAGAUUUGCGACACCUCCUGUGUGUACAUACAGCUCAACUCGGACAUUACUGGAGGGGGAGGAGAAGAAGAAGAAGAAGACAUGGACUGCAUGGGAGACGAGGAUGUAGCUGUGGCUGUGGCUGAUGAGGGAACAAACCAUGUAGGUAACGGUGUAGAUGACGCUGGUGAUGGCACAGAUGAAGUUCGCUGUAGGGUGGACCAUACCGAGGGAGAUGAAGCCUCCCGGAGACCUCGAGAAAAACUAGGCAAACGGUUAUUUGCAAAAAUGGUAAAGCAGCGGAGUGUCUUUAAAAAGAAUGAGGAGAACGACCUGGGUGGGGAGGAAAAUGGCAACGAUGAAAAUUGCGACGAUGAAAAUUGCGACGAUGAAAAUUGCGACGAUGAAAAUGGCGACGUUGAAAAUUGCGACGAUGAUCUGAUUGAAGAAAAAAUAACUCCAGAGAUACUCCUGGUUAGCAAAAAUUAUUUGACCAACGAUGCCAUUUUUCGCCAGAUGAGUAACAUGGACCAUUCGCCGGACGAUGAGGAUGACGCAAGUGAGGGGGAAGAGACUGCGGAGGAGGAAGAAGAAGCGUAG